ACGUUUGGUCCAGGACGAGACCCCACAAACGAAGUGCAUGUCGCACAAGACUUCAGAACUGGCCGUUGGUGGUCCCCGGAGGUGGUCGCCCGUUGUGGUCCCAUUGCAUUGUGCAAAGCGGGAACGCGCAAUUCAAAUUUGUGUGAAAGCACGAGCAUGGCUGCCGGCUUCGGCAUGCCGUCAGCGCCCACACAGAGCAUGGUCGUGGGUUGGGAGGUUGUUCGGCGCGCGGUGUUCUCCAUCUCCACCAGAGGGCGUUGACACGGAUGCCCAUUGGAAUCGGCCGAACGCAAGGCCUGUGUCCCCCGAGACUCGCGCGGAGUCAGUGUACGAUGAAGGCAAAGGCGGCUCGGAAGUGGGCGACGAAGAUGGUCAGGCAGAGCAAGGAACCGCCGUCCCCAUGGUCGCAAGUUCGACGGGCGGGCAGGGUGAUGUUACAGGCCAGGGUGCGGGUGGUGGAGCGGUCGGCGGACGACCUGCGAAUGGCCGCCCGCCAGCUCUGAAGAAGAAGCCAAACGUCCCAUGGACGUUGGAUGAGCGGAUGAAGCUUGCGAUUUUGAUGGAUGAGGAUGAUGCUCUUAUGGCGGAUGCUAACGGCCAGCACCGAUUCAAGCAGAGGAAAGACCGGUAUGCAUGGGUGAAUGAUAGGAUGGCGGAUGCAGGCUUCAAGCACAGGAGCGGUGAAGACUGCCGCAAGAAGUGGUCGAACAUGCUAGCGACGGCCAAGCUCAUCGUCGAGAAGUGUGAAGCGUGUGGACAGCCGUCGUAUUGGGAUAUGUCUACGGAGGAUCGAAAGGAGAAGAGUCUCGCGCUUUCAUUUGAGAAGGCUGUGUGGGACGCUAUGCAGUGGCAGCUAAAUCGGCCGUCGAUUAGGUGUGACAACACGCUGGCCUCAGAGAACCUUCCGGGCGUUGGAACAGAUGCAACACUGGCGGGAGGAUCGAACGGAAGAUGCGUGGAGUCGAACAAUUCUGCUAAAUCGAAGCGGACAGCCACCGGGAAGGCGAGAAAGGAAGAUCCUGGCAGCAGCGUGCUAUGAAACACCCGUGGACACGUCCGCGGGUCCGAUCUUGGGUGCCGGACGC